GUUUCCUGGAUGGAGAGGUUUUGAUUACAGCUGCCUUAAGAAGUCAAGCUCCCUCCAGCUCACUGCCAUUCCAUUCCAUCACACACUAGGAGGAGGAACAGCAACAUGGGGUUCCAAGGAAUCUUUCUACUGCUGUGCUUCUUCAUCCUCUUCCCGUGGACCAGCACGGAGUCACCAACCUCCAAAGUAAAAAAGGCAGCCAAUGCCAAGAAAGAGCCUGUAGUCAAGAUGAUAGAAGACAUGAAAAGCCAGUUGGACAGCUUGGCCCAGGAUGUGGCUUUAUUAAAGGAGCAGCAGGCCCUCCAGACAGUUUGCCUAAAGGGCACCAAGAUCCACCUGAAGUGCUUUCUGGCCUUCCCUCAGGCCAAGACCUAUCACGAAGCUAGUGAGGACUGCAUCUCUCGAGGGGGCACCCUCAGCACUCCACAGAAUGGCGAUGAGAACGACUCCCUCUACGAAUACUUACGCAAAGGCAUAGGCACCGAAGCAGAGAUCUGGCUCGGCCUCAAUGACAUGGCAGCUGAAGGCAACUGGGUGGACAUGACGGGCAGCAAGAUCAGCUACAAGAACUGGGAGACAGAGAUCACCACCCAGCCAGAUGGUGGGAAGGUGGAAAACUGUGCUGUCAUGUCGGGGGUGGCUGUGGGCAAGUGGUUUGACAAGCGGUGCAAAGAGCGGCUGCCCUUCAUUUGCCAGUUUAUGAUUGUGUAGCUUCCCGGAGCAUCAGAGAGGGCAGGGGAAGAAUGCAGUGGAGGGGAAGAAAGAAAUGAUAACACGAAUGCUGCUAAAAUAGGCCUUGGGUAGUAUGCUCAUCCCCAAGGAGACUCUCUAGCCUCUGUAGAUGAUCUAUUUGCCAAUAAAAUCACUGCAGCUUGGUAAA